UAAUGUGACUGAUAUUUUCGACAAUACGUGAUACAUACAAGAAAUUCUUAUCUACACGUACAUAUUGAAUGUUAACACGACAGCUUAUAGAAAAAUUAACUUUUAAUAUGUUGUUAAGUGUUUUUUUGUUGUGUUUAUUUUAUGUUAGUACCACAGAAGCAUUGAUUUCUAGGACUAAGAAUGUAAAAAAUGUGUGCACUGAUUUUAGAGCUUACGAUGCUCAGAGCAUGAAUAAGAGUAAGAAAUGUUUUUACAAUCCUGAUCUAAAUUCUGCUCCGAGUGAAAUUGCCAUUCGACAUGGAUUUCAUUUAGAAGAACAUCGAGUUACUACACAGGAUGGAUACAUCUUGACAAUUUUUCGAAUGAAACCCAAGAUCAAAGAUAUUAAAUCUUCCCAGGAACCAGUCAUAUUGCAACAUGGAAUUUUCGUCGACAGUAGAUCAUGGUUUAUAUCUGGGAACAGUUCAUUAGCUUUCAAAUUGGUCAACGAUGGUUAUGAUCUGUGGAUGCCAAAUUUCAGAGGCACUACUUACUCAAAAAAACAUUCAAAUAAAAAUAUUAGUCAAAAAGAAUACUUUAAUUAUAGUGUUCACGAAAUCGGUACCUAUGACGUGACAGCAAUUGUGGAAUACGUCGCUAACUUUACUGAAAGAAAGGACAUCGCUUACAUUGGCCAUUCUAUGGGCACCACAGCUUUUACAGUUUAUGCUACAGAGAAGCCAGAACAUUCCAGGAAGUAUAUAAAACAAAUAAUAUUUUUGGCACCAGUAAUCAACUUGAGUCAUCCUCCAGUAGCUUUAAAAAUAGUGUUACCGUAUACUUAUGUAAUUAAAGAAAUCUUUGAUUCACUCAAAGUAUAUGCUAUAGGAAAUCUGUCAGAAGUGCAAAGACUAUUCACCACAGCGUUCUGUAGGAACUAUCCCCUAAUCGUGGGUUGUCAAAUUGCCAUGUCUUUGGUUAGUGGAAUAGUAAUGGAACAAGUGAGGCCCGAAGUUGUUCCACUUAUCGUAAAACUCUUCCCUGUAGCAAUAUCCGUCAAAUCUUUAGUGCAUUUUGCACAAAUUGCUCUUAACAAUGGAACUUUUCAACAGUUCGACUAUGGUGAUCAGCUUAACAUGAAAAAGUACAAUUCAACAAUGCCUCCAAAAUAUGAUAUAGACAAAAUGAAGAUUCCUAUCACAAUUUUUGCAGGAAGUCAUGAUAUAUUGUCUGAAAUUCAGGAUGUACAUCGAUUCUAUGACAGCCUUAAAUCACCGAAAGCCCUUCAUACAUAUGAAUUAUCCCAUUUAGAUUAUAUGUAUGGAAAAGAUGUAAUAGAUAUGUAUAAUGACAUUUUACAAGUAUUAAAAAAAGAUUUAAAAUAAACUAUUAAUUGUUUUAA